AGGAGAGAGAAGAGCCCCUGCGAACUCCUUCCUUCGUGGCUUCAGCCUUCUGGAGAAACAGCUCAAAGAUAGAUAAAGAAGACAGGAAAAAAAAAAAAAAAUAGAAAUGAUAAAUACGAGCUCACGCUUUAUCACUGUCUUCAUAUUUAUUUUAACUAGUAACUCUAGAUUUGUCUUCCUAAUCUUUUGUGUUGGUAGAUUCUUGAGCUGGGUUUCUACUCCAGCUCAAAGAUUCUUAGCUUCAUUUCCACAAUAAUACCGCUUUUAUACGAUCUCUUUAAGCUUCCUUUUUUGGAUUUCUUUUUUACCUGUUGUUGUUGUUUUGGAUUACCAGUGGUUUUUCUCCGUCUAGUGUCACUUGAUAGCUCUGUGCUCUUUCUUAAAAGGUAUUACCUGGUUUAGAACCCAUCUCAAGACUCGACACCUUCACAAAAUCCAAACUUGUCUUGUUUCCUUUUCAUUUUCUUCAACCUCUCAUGCUUAUUGGCUGGUUCCAACUUUUAAGCCGUAGAACAGAGUCCAACUGCUUUUGCAGAAAUCCUUAUGGUUUUUCUUUGCAUCUUUUGGGAUUUCUAAUCUAGUCCGCUUUCACUUCUUCCUCCAUUUUCCUUCUCCAGUUUCCUUUGCAUUAUUGUACCUUAUAUGCAUUUUCGUUGUGCAUGCUUCUAGUGUGUAAAUUGUCUUAAGAUGUCAGGAACAGAAAACAAACAUCUUUUCAGUGUUUUCUGAAGCUCGGGAUCCCUUCAUCACUUGUUUUCUCUGUUUAGCUUAACUUUAGCUUCAAUCCCAUUUCAUAAGUAGGUUUUGGAUCAUCUUCUCUGGUUCUUAGGGUAUUAUUUUGGUGGAAAUCCGAGGAGAGAGACGAGCAAGGCUGGAUCCUUUUUCUAGAAAAGCUAUAAGCUCGGAACCACUUCGGUUUCUAUCUUGUUUGUCUACUGGGGAGUUGUUUUAGCGUUGGGGAGGUGGAUUUGUGGGAUUAUGGGUUGCUUUUCUGUGGUUGCUGGUGUAGUUUCUUUGUUCUCUUUGGUGGUGUCAGUGGGUGGAAUUGGUGCCAACUGGGGUACACAGUCAAGCCACCCUUUGCCGCCUUCAACGGUGGUCAGGCUGCUCAGGGAUAAUGGGUUUCAGAAGGUGAAGCUCUUUGAUGCAGAUUCAGCGACUUUGAGAGCUCUUGGUAAGACUGGAAUUGAGGUGAUGGUGGGGAUACCCAAUGACAUGCUGGCCACUAUUGCAGGCAGUAUGAAGGCAGCUGAGAAAUGGGUGUCCAACAAUGUCUCUUCUCCUAUCUCCAAUGAUGGUGUAAACAUCAAGUAUGUUGCAGUUGGGAAUGAACCAUUUUUAGAAACAUACAAUGGCAGUUUCCUGACGACCACCUUUCCUGCACUUCAAAACAUUCAAUCAGCCCUCAUAAAAUCUGGUCUGAGCAGUCAGGUGAAGGUUACCAUCCCUCUCAAUGCUGAUGUAUAUCAGAGCACAACAGAUGCCCCCUCAGGUGGGGACUUUCGGAGUGAUAUCCACGACCUGAUGAUCACCAUUGUCAAGUUCUUGAGCGAUAAUGGAGGGUCUUUCACGGUCAACAUCUACCCCUUCUUGGGCCUCUAUACAGACCCCAACUUCCCUGUUGACUAUGCCUUCUUUGACAGUACAACAGCCCGUGUCACUGACAACGGUAAUGCCUACUAUAACAUGUUUGAUGCAAACCUUGACACCCUUGUGUGGGCCCUUCAGAAGAAUGGAUAUGGUAACUUACCCAUCAUUGUUGGGGAAAUAGGCUGGCCUACUGAUGGAGAUAAGAAUGCAAAUAUGGACUAUGCCCAGAGGUUCAACCAGGGGUUCAUGAACCACAUUUCUACUGGGAAAGGGACUCCAAUGAGGCCAGGGCUUAUUGACGCCUAUCUGUUCAGCUUGAUUGAUGAGGAUGCCAAGAGCAUAGCCCCUGGUUAUUUUGAACGACACUGGGGAAUAUUUUACUAUGAUGGGGUGCCCAAGUACAUGCUUAAUCUUGGGACAACGAAUUCAGGAACUUUGGUCCCUGCUAGGAAUGUCCACUAUCUGGAAAAGAAGUGGUGUGUUAUGUCGCCAAAGGCAAACCUUGAUGACUCACAAGUGGCGCCGAGUGUGAGUUAUGCAUGCUCACUAGCUGACUGCACAAGCCUUGGUUAUGGUACUUCAUGUGGAAAUCUGGAUGCACGUGGGAAUAUUUCGUAUGCAUUUAACAAUUAUUACCAGAUAAAUAAUCAGCUUGAUAGUGCCUGUCAGUUCCCUGAUCAUCUUUCAAUAAUAACAAAGACGGACCCAUCAAUUGGAAGUUGCAGGUUUGGGAUCAUGAUCCAACCUUAUAUUGGAGGUAGCGAGCAGAGAACUGGAUGUCUCAGAAAGAAGGUUCAUUUGGUUUUAUUCAUGUUUCUCAUUUUGUUGACAAUACUGUGAAAAGUUUGAGCUUCUGUUUUAUGAGAUAUCUUCUUUAAGUCUUCUUGUCAUUGAGAUUGGGAAUGGAUGGAUGGGACCUCGGGGUAGGAAAUAUAAAUACAAGGUUGUUUAAUGAGAGAUAUUUCCUUUUUCAGCUUCUGAUUUAUGGAGAUUGGGAAUCAAUUUGUUUUUUGGCUUGGUAA